GUCGGACAAGGACCACGACACUCCAUAUAUUUGUCAUCCCCCCCGAAUUCUGACACUCCUCCUUGUCUUUGCACUCUCCCAAUGGCCCAAGAUAACCAAGCUUCUUCUGCUAAAAAGAAAAAAGUUGCUGUCAUUGGAGCUGGUGUUAGGUACUGGAGCUUUAGUGAUGUAGGAGGAGGGGACAAUAGAGAUUAUUAUCUCUUCUUCAUAUGUUCCUUUCAGAAAAUAUUACGAGUCGAUAAGAGCUACAAGCCCACUUUGGGCUAUCUGCAGCGUACAAGUUGAAACAGCAUGGGUUACAAGUAACAGUGUUUGAAGCUGAUGGCAGAGCUGGAGGGAAGUUAAGAAGCAUUUCCCAUAAUAGUUUAGUAUGGGAUGAGGGAGCAAACACCAUGACUGAAAGUGAUGCAGCUGUUGGCUUUUUGCUUGACAAUCUUGGACUUAGGGACAUGCAACAAUUUCCUCUUUCACAGCACAAACGGUAUAUAGCCAAGGGUGGGGUGCCUGUACCAAUUCCAUCAAAUCCACUAGCAUUUAUCAAAAGCAAUCUUCUUUCUACAGGGUCUAAGCUUCAAAUGUUGUUUGAACCAUUUCUGUGGAAGAAUCGAGCUUCAAAGGGGUCUGACAAGGUGGACAGCGUUGGGGCUUUCUUUCAGCGUCAUUUUGGUCAAGAGGUUGUUGACUAUCUUGUUGAUCCUUUUGUCGCCGGAACAAGCGGUGGAGAUCCAGAAUCACUUUCUAUGCGCAAUGUGUUUCCGGAGUUAUGGAAUCUUGAGAAAAGAUUUGGCUCAGUGAUAACUGGUGCUAUUCAGUCUAAAUUAUCCUCUAAAAAGGAAAAUAAAGGUGGAAUGGGCUCUUCAUCCCAGAAGAAAAGGAGCAGGGGCUCUUUUUCAUUCCUUGGGGGUAUGCAGACACUCACCAAUGCAAUAUGCAAUAAACUGAGCGAAGAUGAACUAAAACUUCAAUCCAGGGUGUUGGAAUUAUCUAGUAAUUGCAGUGAGAAUCCUGUGAUGGAUAGCUGGUCGAUUUCUUAUGAAUUGGCAGGUCAAGAACGUUCCGUUGAGAAGACAUUUGAUGCAUUAAUAGUGACAGCUCCACUUUCAGAUGUUAAACAAAUGAAGAUUAGCACAAGAGGAAACCCAUAUUCGUUAGACUUUGUUCCAGAGGUUACCUAUUUACCAAUGUCUAUUAUUAUCACCACAUUUAAGAAGGAGAAUGUGAAACGACCGCUUGAAGGUUUUGGAGUUCUUGUACCUUCAACAGAGCAACAAAAUGGUUUGAAGACUUUAGGCACCCUUUUCUCUUCUAUGAUGUUUCCAGAUCGUGCACCCAAUGAUGUUUACCUGUACACUACAUUUGUUGGAGGAAGUAGGAAUCCACAACUUGCCAAAGCUUCAAGGGAUGAAUUAAAGCAAGUUGUGACCAAUGAUCUCAGACAGCUAUUGGGUGCAGAAGGAGAACCUGCCUUUUUGAACCACUUUUAUUGGAGUAAAGCCUUUCCAUUGUAUGGGCAUAACUAUGAUUCAGUUAUUAACGCAAUUGACAAGAUGGAAACAGACCUCCCAGGUUUAUUUUAUGCUGGCAACCACAAGAGUGGAUUAUCAGUUGGGAAAGCAAUCUCAAGCGGGUGCGAAGCAGCUGAUCUUGUGAUGUCAUAUCUGGCAUCUUGUUCUGAUGUCGGGGCUAAUCCUUGACUAGGAUGGCCUUCAGCGAUGCCCAUUGUUACUCAGUAGGGAGAUGACACAAAUUUUGGCUGGUUGUAGCCAUGAGAGAAGUUGAACAAAGUUGAAGGGUGGACCAUAGAAUAAACAUGGAUGAUAUUAGUAGAUUGUUUUACAAAAACCCGCCAUCAGCUGGUGACUGGACGUACAGUUAUAUAUCACAAAGCCUAUUUUGACUA